UGACGACACCACAAUAUAUGUAGUAGGGAAUACUGUUGAUGACAUAACAGUGUUACAGGCUGUUCUGGACCAGGUUAAUUCUUGGUGUCUUAGUAACCGACUGAUUCUACAUUAAGGUAAAUCCGGGGCAAUGGUCUUAAGUACCACCCCCUUCAUAGGUCCUUUGAAACAGCUGAAGUGGGGUGCGGACACCAUUCAGUAUGUGUCCUCCACCAAUUGCCUUGGGGUUACAAUUGACGAUAAACUCUCUUGGUCUCAGCAUAUUGCAUUGGCUAGAUCUGCAUUUGAUGCCAAAGUCAAGAUGUUGAGACGUAUAAAUUUCCUAUCUACAUCUAUCUUGGAGACUUUUUACUAUAGAAUAGUUAUUCCAAGUGUUCUAUAUGGAAUUGGGAUUUGGGGGUCUGGACCCAAGCUUAAAGAUCUAGAAAUGAUUCACAUCAGGGCUGCUAGGCUGAUUCAUAAGUUACCAAAUAGUUUUAAGGAUAGUGAUGUACUUUCUAAGGUUGGCUGGAUGCCUUUAGAGUAUUUUUAUAAGCUCCGUAUCUUAACUAUUACAUAUAAUGCUUAUUAUAAUUUAGGGUUGUGGGAAAUUAAUUGUUUGGUGACCAAGAACUCUAACAGCUAUAACCUAAGUAAAUCCCUGAAUGUUGUACUAAAUAGGCCCAAAACCGAACUGGGUCGUAGGUCCUUUGCUCAUAGAUCUGCCGUAGCAUGGAAUGCACUACCAGAUAAUCUUAAAGAUUCUCCAAAUUUAUUUAUUUUUAAAUAUAACUUAAAACAAUCCAAGCAAACUGUCAUGAAUAUUAAUUUUGAAAAGGGAGGUAAUGUUAUACAAAACAUGAAACCAAAUUUUCACUAUUACUAAAAUUUUAUGGUUUACUUGAUUUAUUGAACUUAUCAAUUGUAUCAUAUUGGUAUUUUAUAUAAUUAUAGACUAAUUAGUUUA